AUGGGGUACAAACAUUCUGAGAAUGAAUAUUCACUAUUCUCCAAAAAGACCUCAUCCUCCAGUAUCUUUAUAGCUGUGUAUGUUGAUGAUGUUAUCAUUACUGGUACCGAUUCAGUGGAGAUAGCCAACUUGAAGGCAUUCCUUGAUAACCAGUUUAGGAUCAAAGUCCUAGAGAGAUUUCACUACUUCUUAGGCUUAGAAGUUCUUUACAAGCCAGAUGGUAUUAUCAUUUCUCAAAGGAAGUUCACCUUAGACUUGUUAAAGGAGUAUGAUUAUUUUGCCUAUAGCAACUUAUCUUCCCCUCUUGAUCCUGCUCUGAAAUUAAAAGCCAAUGAAGGCACUCUUCUGCCAGAUCCCAUAUAUUACAAAAAACUAGUGGGCAAACUGAAUUUCUUAACCAACACCAGACUAGAUAUAGGAUACAGUGGACAUCUCCUCAGUCAAUUUAUACAAGCACCAGAGAUACACACUUGA